UCAGAUGUUCGCGCCAACAGCUGUUUUGUAAACAAGGAAAAAAAUUCAAGGAAUUCGUUAUAAAAAUCAUAGAAAACCGUAAAUUAUGUUAAAUUCUAAGAUAUUUCGCCUCAUUAGUGCUAAUAGAAUCAACAUUCCAUUGCUGCGUGUAUUCCAUCAUGAAUUUUCACAAACGGAUCCACAAAAAGAUGAAAUCAGCAAUACGGAUACAAAAUCCCAGCCCUUAACAGAAGCGGCCACUGCAUCGAAGGUUCACAAUACAAUAUCAGGAACAAUAAGAAACAAAUAUCAAAUAUUUCACGACGAAGAUGCCACCGAGAUAUUUGAUGUCGAAGAGGAGCGCCAACGUUACGAGGCCGAAGAAGAGCCAAAGCAGACGAUGAAAGACGAGUUCUUGGGCCUAAACUUGAAUCAUGGCGAGCAUGGUGUAUUUGAUGUAGAGGAUCUUGUAGACGUAUUACGCAAAGAGAGCGCCGAAGAUAUUUUUGUAUGCUCUGUACCCAAAGAUCUGAAUUAUGUCGAUUAUAUGGUGGUUUGUAGUGGACGAAGCUACAGACAUAUGCUGGCGAUUGCGGAAUUUGUGAGGCGCAUGUAUAAAGUUAAGCGCACGAAGGGUGAGGUGCCGCCAAAGAUUGAAGGCGAGAAGAGUCGUCAAUGGAUGGCAUUGGAUUUAGGUAACAUAGCCUUACAUGUAUUCUCACCAGAAGCGCGAGAACAAUACGAUUUAGAGUCACUAUGGGCUAUUGGAAUCGAAUAUGAUAAGGAAAGUAACAAACCACAAGACCCGCUUGUGGAACUAUUUGAAAAAAAUUCAAUACAACUAGGAGACAUGCAACCACACAAACAUUGAGAUGCCGUCCACACAGAUGAGUUCGUUUAAUUUUAUUUUUAUUGUCUAUGUAGCAGUAAUAGUAGUAGUAAUUAGCUAAAAUUAAAAUGUUUCACCACUUUAUUGA